AACAAUUAUGCAUCGACUUCUCAGCUUGAUAUUUGUUUCUGCCGCGUUGGGGGCCGAUUUAAUCGUCGACCUUCCCGAUGGUACAAUCAGGGGAUCCGAAAUCACCUACGAUAACAAGAGUUACUACGCUUACCGAGGAAUUCCCUUCGCUGCCCCUCCGCUGGGAAAAUUAAGAUUCCAGGCUCCAGUAUCUCCUCAGCCGUGGGAUGGUAUCUUAGAGGCCAACCAAACAAGCAGUUGUUGCAUAUCCAUGUCUCCGAGCAUAGAGGAAGACCGGCAGGAUGAAGAUUGUUUGUACCUCAACGUGUACACACCUCCCAGAAAGAUCACAGAGAAGUUGCCGGUAAUGGUAAUGAUAUACGGAGGUGGUUGCAGCACCGGAUGCACCUCCGAUGUUUCCUCUGGGCCUUACUACUUAAUAGACCAAGACCUAAUCAUCGUAUAUUUCAACUACAGGGUGGGAUUGUACGGGUUCCUGUCCACCCAAGACGACGUUGUUUUGGGCAACGCUGGCCUGAAAGACCAGCUGCUGGCCAUGAAAUGGACCAAGAAUAAUAUCGCCCUUUUCGGAGGAGACCCGGAACAAAUAACCCUUUUUGGGCUAAGUGCAGGUGCCAUUUCGGUGGGCGCGCAUAUCGUCAACACAAAAUCGGCUGGGCUGUACAGGGCCGCCAUUUGCCAGAGCGGCUGUUCCCUGACUUACAUAGACAUCACUAAUCAGAACGACUCUAAGAAAGCUGCUUACGACUACGCGAAAUACGUCGAUCCGACGAUUUCCGAGAAAAAUACGACUAAGGAAAUUCGCGACUUUCUGCAAAGUGUGCCAGCUGACGUGUUGACUCCUGCGUUUAACGCAAAUAAGGAGACAGGUCUUGUCAUUGAGGUCGAACACGAAGAUGCUUACGUCACAAACCGCAGUUUUCCGUUAUUAGAGUCUGGAAAUUUCGUUCAGGUGCCUCUAAUACUUGGAACUGCGUCAGCGGAAGCGCUCACGUUCUUUGCAUUUACGGGUGGAAUUCCGAUAAUCGUUGCCAGAGGAUUAAACUUCGAUCUGAAUCCGAGCAGCCUCUUGCCUUGGGAUCUAGAGCUGUUGCCUGGUGUCGACGUUAACGAAGUGGCAUCGAUAAUCAAAGAGGCAUACGUCGUUCCGAAUGGCUCUUUCGUUGGAAAUUUGGCUGCCGUUGUAGAAUUAGUCAGCGACCAAAUGUUCGUGAAAUCAACUUUGAAGCAGGCCGAACUCCAAUCGAACUUUACCCCCGUAUAUCUCUAUCAAUUUUCCUUCGAAGGUUACUUAACGUCGUUUCUUCCCUAUAUCGAAGGAACGGGAAGGGCUGGUCACGGAGAAGAAGAUCCGUACAUUUUUGCAUCGAUGCCGCUGCUGACGGAUCGAGAAGUGUUGGUCAGCCAGCAGAUGGUCAAACUAUGGGCCAACUUCGCGAAAACCUUGAAUCCCACUCCUGAUGCAUCGGACCCGCUGUUCAACCUCACGUGGCCGCAAGUGACCCCCACCAACAUUCAAUAUUUGGACUUUGACGAUCAGAUCGCGUUGAAACCCAACAGAAAGGAAAAAGAAAUGGCAAUGUGGAAUUACGUCUAUUACACUUACGGUCAGCAGCCUUUCAAGGGAUUUUAAGUUGUGCUGAAAGUAAAUUACAA